AUUAAAGCGAGAGUAGUUUGUGUCGUAUGGUCUUAUCUUAUCUAGGCGUGAUGGUGGGAGUUGCUCCACUAAUAAGGUCACUACCAGAAACAUAUGAGGAUAUGUACAGAUUCUUCACCAUAGAGGAUGACGAAGGUGGAGUAGUAGAUGUCGUUUCUGGGUCACCUUCCAUGGAUUCUACUAGCGAGGGGUCGGAGUACCUUGGAAUCAUCAGCCCUAUAGUUUCCAGAGUUCGGACCACCUCUGCCAUGGAAGGUCUUGAAUCUGUCUCGUCUUGGCAACAUUUCAUGGCCAAAUUCACAAACUUCUCCACACAUUCAGAAGGAUAUGAACCCAUUCUUACAUCAAGAACCGAGAAUAUUGUACCAGAUUGAUACGCAAUUUUAACUUGGUGUGUGUGUGUGUGCGUGUGAGAGAAAGAGAGAGUAAAAAUGUUCAAUUGGU